CAUCCCCAAUUGUCUCUCCUAGAUGAUCAGCUGAAUUCAGAAGAGAAGAAGAAAAGAAAGCAGAGGAGGAACAGGACUACCUUCAACAGCAGCCAGCUGCAGGCACUAGAGAGGGUGUUUGAGAGGACACACUACCCCGAUGCCUUCGUACGGGAAGACCUUGCACGCAGAGUCAACCUCACUGAAGCCAGAGUUCAGGUGUGGUUCCAGAACCGGAGAGCCAAGUUCCGCCGGAACGAGAGGGCCAUGCUGGCCAGCAAGAACGCCUCUCUGCUCAAAUCCUACUCAGGGGACGUGACGGCCGUGGAGCAGCCCAUAGUACCUCGCCCCGCUCCGAGACCCACCGACUAUCUCUCCUGGGGGACUGCCUCGCCCUACAGUGCCAUGGCCACCUACUCUGCCACGUGUACCAACGCCAGCCCGGCGCAGGGCAUGAACAUGGCCAACAGUAUUGCCAACCUGAGACUGAAGGCAAAGGAAUAUAGUUUACAGAGGAAUCAGGUGCCCACAGUCAAUUAACGACUGCAGGCAGCUGCUUUUGCAGAAGGAGAAGACACAACAGCACCCGUCCUGCUUUCGCGGCUUGUCUGUGCUGAAAGGAAAAAUGAAAAAUAAAUGAAAAAAAAAAAGAAAGAAAAAGAGAACAACAACAAAAAAAAACAAUAAAAAGAAAAGAGAAAAAAAAAGAAGAAUUAAAAAAAAAGCCAACCCUCACCCAGAACUGAACACGGGGAGCAAACAGAACCUGUGAGUGAUGAGGUUCCUCCUUCCUUUUUGGGAUAAUGCCACCAUUUUGUUUUUUUUUCUUGUUAUCGUCAGGUUUAUUGCUUCUGCUCAAUAUACUACGAGCUUCUUCAGUAAAUGACAGUCUCACCCUUGCUGGUUUCCAUUUUUGUACGGGACUGCAAAAAGAAACCUCUGCCAAUCUCAGCCCAUGGACAAGUCCCACCACCACAUGCUGAGAUGCAAAGCUUGCUCGUCUCCCCGCUGCCCCAGCUCACCCUAGAAGAAGAAUUUGUUUGGUCACCAAUUCCCAUGAUAUCCACCCAAUCCCUCCAGUCCCUUGUGCCACAGAGGCAGCACAUUCCUAUCAGUCUGUGAGAAGCCCAUUUAAUGCAACAAGAUGGAUUCUUGCUGUCUGAGUUGCCUGGAAAACCUCCUUGGGCUCUGCAGAGCUCCAUUGUUUUGUUGAGUAUUCCCAGCACUGCUGCCUGGAAAAGCCAAAGAAGAGAGAAAAGCCAAUGUGGGUGUGUGAGCAGGGGGAGUGUAGCAGGGGGAUCUCUCUGUAGUUCAAGAACAGGACUGUCAGGACACUCCUUUCUAUGCCUUACAGUUUGUGCCACAGGGAAAGGCGUUGUCCAGAUGCAUUUGUUUUAUAUAUACUGUAUAUAUUUAUAUAUAUAAAUACAUGCAAGCUUGGUUGGUGUUUUUAUUAAACAAAAUAAAAUCCAUUGAAAACGUUCAGGAUGUUUGUGCUGCAUCCAGGUGGAGCUGUGCAUUGAAAUUCCAGCCACAGCCUUGUCAGAGCUCUUCCCUGCAGCCUUGGGCAGCACUGGGAAAGGAUGAAAAUGCUCAUGCCCUCCCAUGAGAAAGCCCAAAGAAGUGGUGCUGGAGGGAGCCACACUCUUUUGCAGAAUUUUCCCCAUGGGGCAGCUCCACAGAACACAGCAGGGAUCUCCUCUGCAGUCAGACUGCUUCAUGUGGCUCUUGGGAUCACGCAGGGGUAUCCCCAGGGAAAAAAAAUAAAGUCUCUCUGAGCGAGCACAGGUGAUGUCUCAGCAGGGAGCAUCCCACCAAAGAUCCCAUAACACUGCCCAGUAAGGCUUCUCCUGUAGCCUCAGCCAUUUUCCCUGCCUGUUUUCCUCCCUCUGGGCUCUGGAGACCUAAUUAGGACCUAAUUUAUCCAUCUCCACAAAGAGUAGAGGAGAUGCAGCCCAAAAGGCAUUUCUUCCCCACAAGCAUCCUGAGGAAAUUAGGAUCUUUCUCGUUGCCUGCCUCUCACAUUUUAGGGGAGGAGGGGGUUGAUUUAUGACAAACAGCACCUGUGUCCAAGCUGAGAUGGACUUUGCCAUGGAAUAGCCCCACUGAAGGCAGCAGAGCUACUCCAUGGUCCAGGCUGGACCACGAUGGGAGGAGAAUGAAGCUCAGUCAUGAGAAAUACUUCUGGUGGAGUGGCUUAGAUCUCCAUCCUGGUGUUUGCUGCAGAGACACCCUGAGCAUAUGUAGAUGUCUGACAGUGGGCUUUGACAGUCUAAAACAGCAUGUUGCAGGAAAUGAGGAAUAAAUCUCUUUUAAGUGUAGGUGAAAAUUAAACUGGCAGAGGAUGAAUGGAAAUCCAGCCAAAAUAUUUGAGCUAGCACAAGGGAAAAAAGCCCUAAAUCCAAACUGGAGUAAGUUGUGCCUGUGAUUGUAUGCACUGCUGCUGGAUUUUUUAUUUUUUUUUUCUCCCUGUGUGGGUAUUUUUAAGGGGAAAAAAACCCCAGUUGUGAUCAGGACAAAAAGCUGAAAGUCACAGGCAGAACACCAGGGAGAGGGAGACAGGGCGAAUACUUUACUUAAAGAAAUCCAUCAUGUUCUGUUUGAUCACUCUUUUUUUUGGCCACCUGCAGUCUGGAGAACCUAACAUGUGCAAACCAAAAUAUUUCUGUCCUGCACAGUGUGGGCCCAGCUCCUAGAGCCAAGUGAUCACGUUGGAAAUCACAGGCUGCACUUGGAAACUCACUCCUGCUUCCCGUGCCUACACAAACACACAAACUAUCGAAGAAUGUGGUCAGAAAGGACCCAGUGCCUUUGAGUAACAUCACUCAGAGGUUGAGCUGCUUGUUGAGUACCUUAAGCUGCUGCUCUCCACUCUCCUUGCCUUGCUGCCCUCCUCCACGAGCCACCACCAUCCCAGCAGUGAUGAAUUCCCCAGCCUUCACCCUGGAGUUUCAGCUCUUCCCUUCAGUGUCUCGCUGGUCUGGGGCUUUCCCCCAGUCUUUGCUCGGCUUUUCUGCAGUAGAAAAACCACCCUGAGCAGCUUUUGCUGCUGUUUGCUGUGUAGGGACACCACUUUCUGAGGUUCCCAAGGGGCAGUUCAGGGAGCAUGAAGUUCCUGGUGCCUCGUUGCCCAGCUGUGGACCGAGAUCUCCAUCCCCACGCUGUGGUUUUCACAUGAAGGGGUUCACAAAUGUCUGUGCCAGCCCUUUCUCAGCCUCCUCACUUUAUUUGGAUUGUCUGGCAUGGGGCUGCUCCUGCAGGAAGGCUGUGGAAGCUUCUGCACCUCCAGUUUGAGCUGGGUCUUGCCUUGGGUCGGGCUGCUUGGUCAGGGAUGCCAGCACAGCUGACUGGGCACUUGUCAGUUCAGAUAAGAGCUUUACAUCCCCUUUGGUGACCCAAUAUUGCUUUGUUUAGGUGGAUUUAGUAACCAGAGUCCAGCUGGAUGAACAGACAGCUUUCAGUGUUUGUUUCUUAGCUGCUGACGACCUCAGCCAAAAGACAGCGACUUCAUCGAGCCAAAGUGAAAUUUUAGAAUUGCAUAUGUUUAAUCUGUAUUUUAUUAAACCAUGUAAAUAUAUGUGCAAAUCAAGGGCUUUAUCCUCAGAGAGUGGAGUUCUCCAGGGUUUCAGUAGAUUCUCAGUUGUAGCUCUGGGAAGUUGCCAUGGUUACCACGGUUAUCAUUAAGUUUGGGUACCAUUCAGGGGAGGAGAUGUGUCUUAAGGCAUUUUCCUCCUGCCUACUCUGUAUGAGCACUGUUUUCUCAGGCUCCCCCUUUCUCAACAGAGAAAUGUGUGACUGGUUCCCUCAAAGUGGGAAUUUUCUGCAUGACAGGGAUGGAUGAUUGACGAGGCUGUCGGAGCCUGACGCGUGAAGCCACGGGAUUUCCAGACGGAAUUGUGUCCUGUAAAUGAUCUCUUGCUUUGUGAUGUAAAAUGUACAGUGUUUGCACUAGAAUAGAAACAAUCAUUUUCAAUAAAAAGGGGGAAGAGACUCCCCAAGUCCUUUCUGUAA